CCUGUAUUGGUGCGUCACCUCCUGGCGACCACAGUGCUUCGCGCCAACAGCUGAAAGAUUUUCCGUCUUUUCUGCACCAAACCAGCAUCCAGGGUGCGAGAGCAGCGUGUUCAUCAUGGACAUCAGGCGGUUCUUUGGACCGGUAUCAGGCAAGCCUGCCCCAAAUGUAGACCGAAAACCAGACGAGAAGAAGAAAAAGAAGAGUUCUUCAGAAGAUGAUGUGAAAAAGAGGAAGAAGGAGAGCGCUAAGGUCAAAAGCUCCAAAAAUGAAGAGCAACACAAAAGCAGCGAGAAGAAAAGAAAGAAACGCCAAGUUAUAGAAUCGGAUUCAGACGAGGAAGAGCCGGUGAUGAAGGCUAAGAAAUCCUCCAAAGAGAAAGCUGCGACCAGCAAAGCAAAGCCGCCUCCUAGGAAGGAUCCUGUGCAGUACGUCUCUGAAACAGACUCGGACAAUGACAACUUCCAGAGUCUGAAGAAGGCCUCCAAGUCCAAACAGAACGGCGCUAACAAAAAGUCAGAAGAAGACAGCUGCAGUCCUAAAGCCAAAGAGCGAGUCAAGUCUCCUGCUAAGCCUCCUUUGAGUCGGGGGAAAACCGAGAGAAAGAGUCCCAAAGUUCCUACAACCCCUAAACUAGCCCCUCCCCCUCAGCCUAAGCAAACUCCCACCUCUGUUCUCGACUACUUCGGCAGCGGAGAGAUUCACCGCUCGGACAAGAAGCUGGUGGCCAGCACCAAGCGAAAGGCUCCGACUCAAGAGUUAGACGACCUGAUAAGCGACGAGGAAUUGGCCCGGCAGCUGCAGAUGGAGGAGGACACGGAGGUGGAGAAACAAGUCCAUGAGGACGAGGAGUUUGCCAGAACGUUGGCCCUGCUGGACACCGAGCCACAGCCCAAAAAAGCGCGCAAAAACUCUGAGGAAAGGCCAAGUCCAACCACGACCCCCAAGAAGAGCAGCGCGAGCGUCCCGUCGAAGACCAGUCGGACCGCUCCGGAGGACGUCAUCAGUCCGUCGCCCAAGAAGAGCCCCACUGCCGGCAGAGCCAGCUCCAAGCUGGCCAUGAUGAAGAAACGGGACGAGGCGAAGGACGAAGGCGCGAAAAGCAAAGCGCCCGCUUCACCGAGGAAAAACAAAACUUCUCCGAAAAAAGAGCCGCGUGCUUCUUCCAUUUCGGACAUGAAGUUCACGCCCAAAGCAGGAACGACACCGACGGCGCUGAAGACGUCUCCCAAGAAGCCCGAGAGCACAAGUACAAGUCCUGACGAUGCGGAGAAGAAGAAGAUGCACACGCUAGCUUUCAGGAAUUACCUCAACAGAGACGGACCGCGGGCGCUGGGAUCCAAGGACAUCCCCGAGGGAGCAGAGAACUGUUUGGAGGGGUGUGUGUUUGUGCUGACCGGAGUCCUGGAGUCGAUGGAGAGAGACGACGCCAAAGCUCUCAUUGAGCGUCACGGAGGCAAAGUGACGGGAAACGUCAGCAAGAAGACCAACUACCUGGUGCAGGGCAGAGACAGCGGAGCGUCCAAACUGGACAAGGCUGAGAGUUUAGGCACCACCAUCCUGGAUGAGGACGGCUUGUUGGAGCUGAUCAGGACCAAACCAGGAAAGAAGUCAAAGUAUGAGAUCGCUGCAGAAACCGAGUGCAAAGCCUCAAACACCAGAACUCCUCCGAGUCGGACCUCAAAGGUCACCCCCAAGGCUCAGAAGAUCUCCCCCUCCAAGGGGAACUCCAGGUCCCCCCAGACCCCGAGCCCCUCAAAGACGGGCCAGGCACACAGAGCCAGAGCCAGCGGCGGCAGCACCCCAACUGGGAGGGGCUCCAGACAGACGGCCCGGAGGGAGCUGGGCCUUCCCUCCGCAUCCUCCUCUUCCUCAGCUCCUGGACCCUCCCCUCCUUCCCCUCAGGGGGACGCUGCCGGUCUCCUGUGGGUGGACAAGUACCGUCCACGUUCCCUGAAGGCUGUGAUCGGCCAGCAGGGGGAGCAGAGCUGUGCCAACAAGCUGCUCCGCUGGCUGCAGAACUGGCACAGGCACCACAGCAGAGGAGCGGACAAACCCGCAGCGUCGAGGUUUGGUAAAUUUGGAGGAGGGAAGGACGACGGAUCGGGAUACAAAGCCGCUCUGCUGUCUGGGCCUCCAGGGGUGGGGAAGACGACCACAGCUGCCCUGGUCUGUGAGGAGCUGGGCUUCAGCUACGUGGAGAUGAACGCCAGCUGCACUCGCAGCAAAAACAGCCUGAAGGAAGUCGUGGCGGAGUCGCUCAACAACACCAGCAUCGAGAACUUCUACAAAGGGACGUCUCAGACGGUGAGCAGCAGGCACGUCCUCAUCAUGGACGAGGUGGACGGCAUGGCGGGAAAUGAGGACCGAGGAGGAAUCCAGGAGAUGAUCGGCCUGAUCAAAAACUCAAAGAUUCCCAUCAUCUGCAUGUGCAACGACCGCAACCACCAGAAGAUCAGAUCGUUGGCCAAUUACUGCUUCGACCUGCGCUUCCAGAGGCCGCGGGUGGAGCAGAUCAAGGGAGCCAUGAUGUCUCUUGCUUAUAAAGAGGGAAUCAAGAUCCCUCCUCCGGCUCUCAAUGAAAUCAUCUUGGCCUCCAACCAGGACGUGCGACAGGUGAUUCACAACCUGAGCAUGUGGUCGGCCAAAGACAAGGUGAUGACGUACGACCGGUGCAAGUCCGACGCGGCCAGCGCCCGCAAGGACACGAAGCUGGGGCCGUUCGACGUCUGCAGGAAGGUGUUCGCCUCGGGCGAGGAGACGGCCCACAUGAGCCUCAUCGACAAGUCCGACCUCUUCUUCCACGACUACUCUCUGGCGCCGCUCUUCGUCCAGGAGAACUACCCGCACGUCCGUCCGGCUGCGGCUCGUGGAGACAUGAAGUCCCACCUGGUGCUGCUCAGUAAGACCGCCGACUCCAUCGCCAACGGCGACCUGGUGGACAGAAGGAUCCGAUCGAGUCAGAACUGGUCCCUGCUUCCCACUCAGGCCAUCUUUGCCAGCGUGUUGCCGGGCGAGCUCAUGAGAGGAUACAUGUCUCAGUUCCCCGCCUUCCCCAGCUGGCUGGGCAAGAACUCCUCCACCAACAAACAUUCCCGCAUCGUGCAGGAGCUGACCUCACACAUGAGCUUAAAGACCCUGAGCAGCAGACAGGCGGUCAACCUGGACUACAUGCAUUACCUGCGCCAUGCGCUGCUGCAUCCGCUGCAGAGGCACGGGACAGAGGGAGCGGCGCAGGCCGUGCAGCUGCUGGACGACUACCAGCUCCUCAAGGAGGACGUGGACAGCAUCAUGGAGAUCAGUGUGUGGGGCGGGCAGCCUGACCCCUACUCCAAACUGGACCCCAAGGUGAAGGCAGCUUUCACGCGGGCGUACAACAAGGAGGUCCACCUGACGCCAUAUUCCCUCCAAGCUGUAAAGAAGGGCCGCCGAGGAGGAGGAGCGGAUCUGGACGAAGGAGACGAAGGUCCGGACGACCAGGAGUCUGGGGACGAAGCCGAGGGCCUCAAAGCAGACGCCAUGAUCAAACAGAAGAAGACCAAAACAACUAAAGAGUCGACGAAGGAGAAGAAGCAAGAAUCCGGGAAGGGCAAAGGCAAGGGGAAAGGCAAAGCAAAGAAAUGAACAACGAACUGUGCUGGACUGACUCUGCACUUAAAUCAACACGUUAACAAGCAUCGGGAGGAACUCUGCUGGGAUUCUGUCGUUUUGCUCCAACAAAGUGACUGCUCCUUUUUUUUUUUUUUUAACUUCCAGUGUCUCCACAUUGAACGGAUGUUUCACGUGAUGAGCCUGUCUGUCUGCAGGUGUGUCUCAUCAGGAGUAGUGUCCAUUCCCUCUGCCUUUAGGCUCAGCUUCAGCCGCUGCAGAUGUAAAUAAUGUGACUGGUAUCGUUUGCUACGCAGAAAUGUCUUUGUUACUCCUGGAUAUUAUUUUGUAAAUUCCAAUUUUCUAAUAGAGGAAUAUGUUGCUCAGA